AAAUUGUUGUAUUGGCUAUGAUGAGGCAUAAAAGUAGAUAGAAAUGCCUCUGCGUAUUAUUAGCUUAGUAGAAAGCUAACGACCAGAACAACAAACAGUGGAUUUACUGCUCCCAUUGUGUCUUUGUGUGAUCCUAACGAAUAGUUGGUCAGUAACAAACAAUGGAAAGUCCCGAUAGCGAGUUACUAGUGGAUGUGACGUCUCACAAUACCACGAGCAAUGCCAUAUUGUUUGGCAACAUGGAAGCAACUGUACAUGAAGAUAUGGAUUUUGGUUUGAAUAAUUUAAAAGAAACUUUGGUCCAGGAUUGUAAGAAAGUUACUACUCCAGAUCAUGAAGGAAAUAUUAAUUGUGCGAUGGAUAUAUUUGCUCCAGACCAGAGUUCUGUAUCGAGCACAAAUUCAAGACUUUCAUCGUCAAGCACAUUGGGCCCACCACGACAUUCUAUCUCCUCGGAACCAAAAGAUACAUCUGAUUCUGACAGAGUUGGACACUUCAAGGCUAAACUAGGAAAUAACUACAUGACUCUGCUGAAUGAACAUGACCAACAAGAUGCAAUGAGUAUCACAAGUGGAUCGAGUACUGGAGAUGGUGUGAAUUCAUUCAACCAUGUGUUGUACAGUCCUAAAACCAGUCCUGCUCGGCCACCUGCCCCACCAAGGUUGUCACGAACGUCUUCGCCACAUUUUCCGAACUCUCCAAUCCAGUUUCCGUCAUCUAAACAGAAGACAUCCAACAAUAAACAAUGGACAGUAUUUGGUGAAGAUAAGGAAAAUAAACUACCAGAACCAGGAAGAAAACAGAUUCUGCCAGUUCGUGCUCCACCGGCUAUACCUGUUAGAAAUUCCCUGCGUAACAAGAACAUUGAAUCUCAAUCUUCCCCACAAGUUUUACCUCAGCCACCGAUACCCACACCCAGUCCGAGUGCGGACUUAUUAACAAUGGAUAUGGAUGAUCUAGAAAUGCAUUUAUCUGAUGCUGGUUCACCAGUACCCCAACCAGUUGUGGUUGUGAAGCCAGCAAUUCCACCGAGGAGAAAUUUAUUUUCUACUUCAAGUACUGUGUCUGGAAGUGAUUCUCAUGCUGGAGAUUCGGACCAUGAUUUAAUAUCUUUACCACAACCAGAAGGUCAUAUUAAUCUUGCACAUAAUAUGUCAAGUGGAUCUUGCUCUCCGAUUGAUUCUUUUCGUUUAUUGACAAGUGCGUCAAAAGGUACUCCAGCGCCUCCUGUACCUCCUAGGAAAGAUUUAACUAUACCUAAGCCAGACAUCCCUGUACCACCACUACCACAAACAGAGAACUUUUUUGCUGAAAAUUCUCAGCCUUCAUCAUCACAAUUUGCUUCCUUUUCACAUUUACAAGAUAAUACUGCCUCGUCGUUUUCUCUUGAUGUUACAUGUUCUAGUCCAUCAUGGGUUGCUUUUGAAGAUACUGAUGCAAAAACCCCACUCAAAACAACUUUGACACCAACAGAUGCAAUAUCAGAUUUUCAUGAGGAAGAACCAGAUAAUGAAGAUCACUUCAAUAUUUCUGAAAUUGAACAAACUAAUGAGGCUCUUAGUGAUGCGGAUCUUCUGAAAGAGGAUGAAGAUUCUCAUUGGAGGAAACCAUCAUCAUCUCCAGAUGUUCGCGCAUCUGCAUCUAAGAAGAAAGGAGCAGGAGGAAUUGGAUAUCUUUGUUUAGAAAAUGAUGAUUGUGAUAAUCUAGGAUCCUCUGAUAAUAUAGAUGGCAGCACAAAAUCGCCACCAGUUACAAUCACUCUACCUGAGAAUGAUUUAUCACCAGAGAAACCUCAAUCACAAUGGGCAACAUUUCAAAAUGAAGAAGACGAAGAACAUCAACAUAAUAACAUAACAGAUAAUCUUGUUGGAAAUAUUUCGAAUGCAAAUUCAUCACCUUCAUUUGAUAUCAACAGCAGCGGAUUGGCUGGAAGUUUAAAUGAUGUUGAUGGGGAUUUAGAAGAUGAUUUUGCUGUAAAUCGCUUGUCUACAGAAAUGCCAGACCUCAAGGGAUUUAACAGAGCUGACAAGGGAUCACAAAACAACCUCGUAGACUUCUCUGAUGAUAGAGGAAGUGCUGCGGCUAGUAUUGGAAGUCGAGAAAAUCCUGAUGAUGACGAUGUUGAAACUAUAUUUGAUCUCACUGCACAGGGAGAUAGUUUGAAACGCAAAAGACCCAAGGGAGGAGUUAGUGUGGCGGUCGAAGAAGACAUGAAAGAUAAUACAUUCGAAAUGAAGAAAUCCCCGACACCGAUACAAUGUGAGAAAGUAUCGUUUCAUGUUGGUCCAGCUGGAAUGGAUGACACUGUAUUUGAAGAGGAACCAAACUUGUUCGAUUUCGCUAAAGAUGUUCAAAGUGCAACAACAAGAAGCCUAUCAACACCACAUUCGUCACAUUCUAGCCGACCAGAGACACCAGCUAAUUCUAGACUUGAUUCCAAUGCAUCAGCCGGUUGCUCCGUAUCAAUGGCUCCUACCAAUCCAUUUUGGUCACCAACUUCAACGUCUUCUACAUCUCAGUGUUCACUCGUCGAUUCACCUUUUGAUAAUAUUAUUUUCAAGUCACCUCAGCAUGAUGACGCAAAGACAUCAAAAAUAUCUUCUACCCCUGUUCGAAUUAAUUUAACAGCAAGUCCCGUUACACCCAGUCAAUUAGUUCGUAUCCCACCCCCACCUCUCUCUUUAUCAAGAUCUUCUACUAGAGCAAGGCGGUCUUCGCAAGCAAAAGAAAGAGUACGAAAUUUAUCACAAGGAUCAACAUCAGCGAAAAGAAUCGAUUUUGACAACGUUUCAGAGUCUAGUGCAAAAGCUGGCACAUUACCAUCAUCUCGUGCUGAAACACCAAUUCAAAAUAAUAUUAUUCUGAGUACAACUGAUUCCGUAACUUCAGGAUCUGGAAAUACUGCAUUACAUGACGAUAUUUUUGAUCCGUUUUCUACGCAAUCUAAUACAGAAUCUAUAAAUCCGAUUCCUUCUUUUGAAAUUGGGAAAACAGACGACCUAUUCAGCUGGAUGGAGGAACCUCAAAAUGAAGAAACUGAUGCUUCGAAUCCAAAUACAAAACCCGAUUCCGAGUUGAAUUUAAACGUUGAUGAUGCUCAGGAUAUCACUUUAGUAUUGGAUCAAUUAGAAGUUAUUCCCAGUAAUAAUAUUGUACAAAAUAACACUAAUACAAAUGCUCAUGUCCAUUCUGUUAUUGAAAAUAGUCUUUCGCCGGAUCCUAUUUCAGCAGAAGACGAAACCGAGAUAACCGACGACAGCACAAAUCAUCUUUCUGGCAAUCCUGAUCCACUGGAAGAAUUGAAGAAAGUUACGUCUGUCGAAAGUCCGUUGGGAAUUCAAAUACCGAAGCGUGUUUUACUGCCAGAAGUUGAAAUUAUUGAGAGCAAAAUAUUUUGGGAUGUUUAUAUGAGAUUUCCACCAACGAAAAGAACAAUGAGUAAUAGGAAAUGGGUACCAAUCCAUGUCAAGUUGAAUUGUGAUCAGAUUGACAAUCCACUAGUGAAACUAUAUUACACAUCUAAAGCACAAGAUCCUUUCCGCACUGUGUCGCUUGCUAGUCAUCAAAUGCAAGUAUCGAAGCCUAAACUGCAAGCUCAUUAUUCUGACGAAGGACAAAUUUUGGGCAAAUUACAUGCUGUUAAACUUAUGGUUGUUCAUUACAAAGAAAAGCAAACUUUCAGUCCACGUAGAAGCUUGACAAGGAAUGCAUCCGGAUUUAAGCAUGCUUGCAAAGGGAAACAAAGUAUUAAAUUUGGUUUUACUGUCCAUGAUGAUGUGAUGUCGUUUUGUAAAGCAACUCGCGACGCCAUGUUCAAUGUUCAUAAAAGAAUUCCGAAGUCUAAAGAAGAGGAACACAACACCACUGUCAAAUAUCAUUCCAGAGAUGAAUUGCUUAUUGACGUACAUGAUGAACUACAGGCAAUUGUGCAAGAAUCUGGAUUGAUGGAAGCAUGCAAAGUACGAGUUCACUUCUUUGCCAGUUCGUUUUUGUCAGGAGAUCCAAAGGCUAAAAUAACGAUCAAUGAUCGAAAGAUGGAAGGCAAAGAAGUUGUCAGAAGAGAAGAUAUUAUUCCAACAAGCUUAGAUGGAUGGAUUGAUAUUCGCGAUCCUGAACUACAUGAAUCAUGUACACAAGAUAGUUAUGAAGGAGGAAGCAAUGACGUUGGAACUUGUUCUUUCUAUCCUCCUGAUGCUUGCAGAUUUGAACUCAUGAGGUUUGCAACAUCCUAUGCUGAGAGCGAACUUCCUGUUAUUGUGAAAUCAUCAAUCACUGUCAAAGGUGCAAGAAUUCAACUCAGAUGUAUAUUGAGAAUGAGUGGAAAUCAUAGUGCAAAUAAGGAUCCUCUAACUCAGAUUGCUUGUGAAGACGUCAUGAUACGAUUUCCUGUACCAGAUGAAUGGGGUUCAUUCUUUCGUGUGGACGGUCGCUUUCGAAAUCAUUCUGUUAAAGCGAAACGAGCUGCAAAACAAAGACGUAGACCAGCUACUGAAGCCGGUGUCACAAUGGAAGCUUCAGUGGGGAUUGCGAAAUACGAACGUGCAUAUAGAGCAAUUGUAUGGAGAAUGCCUCGCUUGCCAGAAAAAAAUGCAGUGCAAAACACUCCUCGUGUGUUCACCUGUCGAAUAGAACUAAGUUCUGAUCGUGAUCUGGAACGAUUGAGAACACCUGAAGAUAAUGCAGAGACAAAGGGAGAUGGAUAUAGAGGUGGAUUGGACAGCAAAUACAGAUGGUGUGAAGUUGAAUAUACAAUGCCUGGUCCUACUGCAUCAAAUGUCUGUGUGAGAUCAGUAUCUUUACCAAAUACUGAUCGUGCUGAGAAGUUUGUUUCUUAUCAAUCACAUUACUUUUAUAAGGUCGGAGUCUCCGUAGCAGCAGAACCCGUUGGCACGACAGGAGAGGAAGAUGUUGGAACAAAAUUAUGUGCUGUACAGUAACCAUCACAUAUAAAGCAAUUGUUUCAUUCCAAUCCACCACCCAUGAGUUGUAUUGUUGAAUCAUGCUUGAUCAAAGCACACAACAUUUGGAUAGAAAUUGAGGGUUUAUUGGUGGUGCCAUUGCAUUUUGGUAUUGUGAACUCGAAUCACUGAUCUUCGGAAUCUGGAGUCCAUGUUCUGAAGUUGAGUCAAUCAUUAAGCUAAUUGGUUGAUUAACGGUGCGUCCGAGUUAUUUUAUUUAGAUGACACGAGUCGCUUUGGGUCUGGGCACUCGAGUCCUUGACAUAUGGGGACCAGAGUCUAAAUUGAGUCAACCUCUUCAAUCUGGUAUAGAGUGAAAGAUGUUGCAUGUCGAUGGCGAAACCCAAAAACCUUCGAUUUUUUUAUCAAGUUUGAUUCAUCAAUUAAUUCAUGUUUGAGUGGUUCCACUGUAUUCGGGAAUUUGACUUUUCCAACCAAUUCUUACUACAUGUCUUCGAGACUAUAUACUGUUGCUUUAAUAAGCGUUUUGAUACACAAAAUAGUAAAAUACUAAAGAAAUCUCUGUGAUCAUUGACAUCGUUUUGUGGAUAUUAUUUAUUGCAAUGUAGUACUGUCAAUCUUUUUUUUCUUAUAAGUUCCCUGUUCGUCGAUUGUAUUUUUCGUUAACUCGUUUUGAAUGUGUAAUGACCGAAUCACAUAUGUAAACUCGAAACUUUUAAACUCAAAAUUAUUAAGCAAACUUUUAUGUUUCUCUGUUCCAACUCGAUACAUAUGUAUCUAAACACAGGGGGAGUUGAUAAUUAGCUUUCUUUCUUGCUAAAUCAAUCAUAUAUCUUGUUUGUUUUUUUUGCUCUCUUAUUUUCAAACAUAAGUAUAUUACAUUACAUGGCUUUUUCUUUAACAUAUUCAAGUGUGGUUUUAGCUUUUCAUCGCUACCAUCGUGUCCAAUAGAAGAUCACUAUUGUUCAGCUACUGUUUCUAGUUUGUCUUUCCUGCUGGUCAGGUUAUGAUUUGACUUCCAAGAUGUAACACAGCACUCAGUUAUUUUUGCCAAAUAUUUGCAGCAUGAUACAUUUUAACAGAGAAGUAUUGCAAUGUUGAUGCCAUUCAUUUACCAUUAAUUCUUGACAAAAUUUUUACAUGACUUAUCUAGCUCGGUGUAUGGUCACAUUAUAGUGUCAUUUUGCUGACUUAAAAUUGAAUGUUAUUUUUUUGUUCAUCUUCCUUUUACUUCUAUUUUUGGGCCAAUGUAGCAGCAUAGUAUGAUAUCCCAUGUGUUUGUAAUAUUCCGAGGGACAAUUUGAGAGCCGGACAUUAUUUACAAGAGAAUAGUAGUCAUUCUAUAUUCUGGUCAUUGUUUGUCUUUACUGAUUGGUUUUAUGUGUGGAAUUCAUAUAAAUGUGGACCAGUAGCAAAAAGACAGCACAUUUGAUAGUAUGGAAAUGCAUAUAACACAAAAUGUAUCUAUAAUGAAAUUUUGUAAGUGUGGUGACAAUUGUCAUAAUACUGACUCAUAAUCAAAUUAUUCUUUCACAUAUGAUUUUACUGUCAAUCGAUCAUCUUCCUAACUUAUCAUUGGUCACAAAUAUUCGAGUAGGUUGAAUUUUCUUCGUGAGUAGCUUGCCACAAUUGAAAUUGCUUAUCCAUGUCAAAAUUGACUGACAAUUUGUUAGGUAUCAUAGCUUCACAUCAGGAGGCUACUUAUUUAUUUUCUCAUAUCAUUGUCAUGUGCACAGUUUUGAAAUCCUCAAAAUUUUCAUUCACCAUUUUCAGUUUUGCUAGAUAUUCGUAUUGUCAGAUCUGAUUUAAUGUCGGCAUAUUCCCUCAGAUUUUUUUAUUAAAAUGCGAUUUUUUUUUAAUAAUGGUAAUAUGGAAUCAAAUCAACGUUAGGAAUCUGUUUUAGAUUUUUUUCUGGAAGAUAAUCAGUAUCUCACAGACGACAUUAGCAUAUUUGUUUCUUAUUUGCACUGUGAGGUAAUUAUUGCCCUUUUAAUUUUGUCAUUAAUGAUAUUUUCACGAUGGUGAUCAAAUCAUAUUGGCUUAACCUUUCAAUUUGCAACACCAUUGACAAUUGAGUGCCCCAAAGUUUGAAAAGUUGAUUUGCAAGUGUAUAUCAUUAGUAUUCAGAAUGUCACGUUUUCAGUGUUACUAAUCGGCAGUUGUGUGAGUGAUGUUCUUUGCUUUAAACUCUUUAUUCGUUUUUUGUCAAUGUAAGGUAUUUUCUGAAUUUAUCGACAGGGCGUGGUGCUUAUCAAUGACUAUAUACAUAUAUAUAUGUGAAUUAUAUGUAUGUGGAAUUUACUUUAAAUUGCUUGGUGAAUAAAUAAUUGUUUUUAUUUAUUAUUUGUAGUAUUGCGUAUUAAGGUGAGAUGUAAUUGUUUUCAUACUUGUAUUUGUAAAGUUUGUGUAUUUUCAGUAUUUUUCAAACCUUGGCAUUGAGUUUUGUGCAAUCAGUUUUGGCCGCAUUUUUCGUUUCACUAUGUACCUUUGUUCUGUUAUUAUUAUUAAAUGGUCUUUCAUUGAAA